AGCUUCCUCAAAAUGUUGCACAGUCCUAAUACACAUCAAAAACCUGCUGUUCUUGGGGACCAGAGCCAGACAAGCACCUCUGUACAUGAGACUUCUUCAAGCUCAUCUGCAGAUACUUUAAUCAUCGAGCGUGAUCCAAUUCCAGAAUAUGGAGAACCAUGUUUCAUUUCGCCUGAGUCAGCAGAAGACAGAUCAUGGAAGCCAUGCGAAGCAUGCAAGACAGAGGUGGAAAAAUUAGUGGAGGAAAAGGCCAAACUGCAUGAUGUGCUGUGUGGUAUAAGUGGUGAGCACCUCGAGGCAUUCAGAAGUUUUCUGGACAAAGUGGAACAGAUCCAACCUCAGGCUGGUGUUUGGGCUCCAAAAGGCAGAUCUCGGCAGCAGGAGCUAUAUCCAGGAAGUGGCCUCUUCUUGUCCUCGACUCACCUGGCUGCAAUCCAUGCAACCGCAAAGAAGGACUGCCUUCGCUUGUUCCAUCUUCUUUUUGAUGAAUUCUUUACUGCAGAGGAGUGCCAGAAUGCUGUGGCAUUUGGGAAACACGGAAAGGUGCCAGAUGGGAAGAGAGUCCUGGAUAAGUUCAAAGUCAAUGCAAUUCUAACUUACGUCAUGCGCUGUAGUACACUGGAUGGUUGGACACCGGUUGAGAAAAGUAAGGUCAAAAAAGCCUUCAUAAACAAAUGCCGCAUCAGGGCCACAACACUAAAUAUCGGAUGGGGCACACAGAGACAUUUGUUGAAAUGACAAUGUUCACCAAAAGUCCUUGUUUUCAAAUUAUGUAUGUUGGCUUCAGAGACUCAAGUUUAUUGUUGUGAAUUGUUGUAAACCUGGCCUGCCACUGCUCAUAACAUUGUUAAAAUUGUUACUGUUUUAAAAACAGAAUUUUACACAAAAAAAAGCACUUUAGUUUUGUAAUGACCAUGUUUAAACAGUUUUUGCUGUCUUUAAAAUGUCUUUAAAUUUGUUAAUGUUAUUUUGAUUUAAAUAAAG